GAGGUCUUGGUGGAGAGACCGGAGAAGACGGAGGCUGUCGGGUCACCGAUGCUGCAGAAAAUCUAGCUCUCCAGAAAUACCGAAAGGCGGCUAAGUUUUGUUCAGAAUGCGUCCAUAAUUCACCGACUUUGAUUUACAGGGAAGAAACCUAACCUUCUGAUAAAAGCUUCGCUAUUUUUUAUUAUUCCUGGAGAGCUACUUCGCCUCGUUUCCAAACAUGAUCGGGAGAGGACUGUUCCUUUUGGCAAUCCUGUCUAGCUGCGUCCUUUCAUUGCCAGUGACUUCGAGUCAGCUGGAGAAUGAGGACGUAAAGGUGAUGAAAUGCAUCGUGGAGGCACUGGCAGAUGUCCUAUCGAGGCCACACCCCAUGCCUGUCAGUCAGGAGUGUUUGGUCACACUGAAGACGGAUGACCGACUUGUUACUAUCCUUCGUCAUCAAAACUUUCUGAAGGAGAUGCAGGAGAUCGCUGCUCAAGGUGGUCGGGGGAGAGCUGAUACGCCUACAGCAGCAGCACCGACCCUUCAGGCUACAGAUGAUGUCCCUGAUCGAUCCAUGUUGGAGGCUUUGGGAGGCCCCGGUGAACGAUCUAUCCUGUCCAAGAGGACGGGAAAUGGAAAAGAUGAAAAGGAAGCAGGCAUGGAAGACAGAGAGUUGCAGGGGGACAAUGAUGCUGAAGAAGUGCAGGUGAAACGGGAGAGUGAUGAAAGUCCGGGAAGCCACGUCUCUAAGUCUGCAGAGGAGUGGAGGGAGGGCGAGGAUGAAAUGAGGGAGGAAGAUGAAGAAGGCUAUGACGAGAAGCGAGCAGAGGAGAAUUCAGAAGAGGAGAGCAAAGAUGAUGGAUCAGAUGAGAAGAGAGAUGCACGCAGAAAGAAAUCAAAAGGCGAAACGUCCGAUGAAGAAGAUGAAGAGGAAGAGACAACCAAGAGGCUCUCACUCUUCCAUAAAAACAAGGGCAAAGAGGAAGGACGUAAGGAGGAGACAAAGCGAGGGAACAGGGAGAGCUUACAGCGGUGGACCAAGGCGACCAAGCCUUUGCUGCUGAAGAAGAAAGCAGCCACAAAGGAGGAGCAACAGGAAGUGUCUCAUCAUUCAAAAGAGAUAGCGGAGGAAAAGGAGGAGGAGGAGAAGAAGAAAAGAAAUGCUCAGAAGAGUCCAGAGGAGAAGGAGCUGCAGAUGAUUGCUCGAAGAGCACCGGAGGAGAGGAGGGGGCUAGAGGAAGAAGGGAGCGCCAGCAGAAAGUCAGAGGAGCCUGAGAUUGAAAGUCUGGCAGCCAUCGAGUCAGAGCUUGAAAAUGUUGCCCAGAAACUCCACGAGCUGCGGCGAGGCUGAGAGAAAUCGAAAGAGAGAGAGAGAGAGAGAGAUUGGAACAAAGUUUGACACCGCAACCUCCUCUGCCUCCUCGUCCUCCUCCGCUUUGCCAGCUGCCUGGUUUCCAAAGAUAGAGCGUGUGAAUGUGUGACAAGAUUUUGUCUUUCCGCUAUUUUUCCUGAGGAGGCCCGACCGCCGCGGCCUCACUCAUGACGUUCACAUAGAGUAGCAUACAGUAGAUGCACAUUGCAGCUAGACGUGCAUACUAACAACACACAAGUGCGCGCGUACCGUGCAUUUGCGUGCGUAACAUUUCAGAAGAUUCCCGAAGAAAGGCGACUUGUUCAGCUUCAUUUUCUCUGACAAUCAUGUCUCUGUUUCUGUAAACGUAUCUCUUCUGCUUUUUAGAUUAUUUCAACGGUGCGCACUGAUCCAUUGUGAAAGGUUAAGGCAAAUCCAGGUAUACACCUACAAGGUGAGGUUGUACAGUAAUGGCAUGUAUACAUGUACAAAGCUCUUUCUGGAAUGCUCAUUUACUUACAAAGUUAAAGAUAGAGAAGACUUAGAUGAUUGUCAUAGAUGCAGUUGAUGCAAAUCAAGCCAAGACAAUAAGUGAUUUUUAGCGGAUUAAUGUCUGGGGUGUGAUUGUACUGAAUUUAUGUAAGAAAAUCAAUAAAUUGAAUAGUUUAUCUGGAA